UACUCAGAUCUGAAAUCAAACAAGCAUUAAUUCAAAUCCACGUCGAGAUCAAUCUUCAUCCCUUACUUUACUUACACCCAAGUUAAGCAUCACUAAAAGCGUACCAAUACCGGCGAUUCCAUCAUCUUCCUCCUCUCUGGCCGGAGAUAAAACUUUAAGUAGCACAAGAUUGCAAAAAUGGAGAAGGAGACAGAAGCAGCAGAAGGCAACCUGCGUCAGUCAGUGAGCGACUGCGCGCUCCAGGGGAUGCUUUAAUGUCUCGCAGUGAGUACGGUCACCUCCCGCACAUGGCGUCCCGGUUGUUGCUCCGGCUCGUCGCCGGCGCGCUCCUCCUCCUGGUCGGUCUCCCCGGCGGGACGCCGGAUCUGGCCUCCGACACUGCCGCGCUCGUGGCUUUGCGCGAUGCCAUCGGUCGCUCCGCUCUGCCCACGUGGAACUCCUCCGUCCCAACCUGCAGCUGGCCGGGGGUCACCUGCGUCUUCGGCCGGGUCGACGAGCUCCGCCUCCCCGGCGUUGGCCUCAUUGGCCAGAUUCCGGCCGCCGUCGGUAACCUCACCGCCCUCCACACGCUCAGCCUCCGGUUCAAUGCUCUUUCUGGUCCUCUGCCCGGUGAGCUAGCGCGCCUCGUCGAGCUCCGCAACCUCUACCUCCAGGACAACCGCCUCUCCGGCGAGAUCCCGCUCUUUCUCGCCUCCAUGAAGAGCCUCGUCCGCCUCAACCUUGCUGGCAACCAAUUCACCGGUCGGAUUCCUUCGGAGCUCAACAACCUCACCCGCCUUGGCACGCUCUACCUGGAGAGCAACAGGCUCAGCGGCGAGAUCCCGCCGCUUGACAUCCCCAGCUUGGUCCAGUUCAACGUGUCUUACAACCAGCUCAACGGAUCUAUACCGGCCGGCCUCCGUUCCCAGCCCAAGAACGCGUUCCUCGACACCAGCCUCUGCGGCGGCCCCCUGGGGUUGUGCCCAGGCGAGAUCGCGCCUUCUCCCUCAGCGGAGGGAGCUUCUGGGAACAAUGCCGGCGGCGGCGUCUUUCCAGAGUCCGGCAAAAAGAAGAAACUCUCCGGCGGGGCGAUCGCCGGGAUUGCGAUUGGUGCCGCCGCCUUCGUGCUCCUCCUGCUCGUUGCGCUCAUCCUUCUCUGCCGUGGCAGGAUCGGCGCCGCUGCUUCCGGCACGAAGCCGAUGGAGACAGCGGAGCUUGCAGAGGAAAGGGAUAAAGGUCCCGGAGAUGGAAGAGCGAACACUAACGGAGCGGCAGUGACCUCAACCGCUGUCACCGCCGCCGCAAAAUCUUCGUCUGCUUCCAGCGGCGGCCCCGGGGUUAAGAAACUCGUGUUCUUCGGCAGCCGGAGAACAACGCCGGCCUUCGAUCUAGAGGAUCUCCUGCGUGCGUCUGCAGAGGUGUUGGGGAAGGGAACCUUCGGGACAACCUACAAGGCGGUGCUCGAGUCGGGGGAGGCGGUGGCCGUGAAGCGGCUCAAAGACGUGAAUCUGCCGGAGGCGGAGUUCAAGGAGAGGAUCGAGGCCAUCGGCGCCAUGGACCACCUCAACCUUGUUUCCCUCACGGCCUACUACUUCAGCGCCGACGAGAAGCUCCUCGUCUACGAGUUCAUGUCCACGGGCAGCCUCUCAGCUCUCAUGCACGGCGACAAAGGGUCCGGCCAAGCGGCCCUCAACUGGGAGACAAGAACCGGCAUCGCCCUUGCGGCGGCUCGAGGCCUGCAGCACAUCCACUCCGCAAGCCCGUCGACUUCUCACGGCAACGUCAAGUCCUCCAACGUCCUGCUCACCGAGUCGUACGAAGCUCGACUUUCCGACCACGGCCUGGCUCUGCUCGCGGCGGGGUCCACUUCCCCUGCUCUUCGCGCGGCAGGGUACCGAGCCCCGGAGGUCACGGAUCCCCGGAAGGUAUCGCAGAAAGCGGAUGUGUACAGCUUCGGAGUUCUCCUCCUCGAGCUGCUCACGGGCAAAGCGGCGGCGCAGGCCGUCCUGAACGAGGAGGGAGUAGACCUCCCGAGGUGGGUGCAGUCGGUCGUCGGGGAGGCGUGGACUGCAGAUGUGUUCGACGCCGAGCUGCUCCGGUGGCAAAACGCGGAGGAGGAGGAGGAGAUGGUGCGACUCCUGCAACUGGCCAUGGAUUGCGUGGCACACUACCCAGACAAGAGGCCUUCCAUGUCCGAGGUGAUAGCUCGGAUCAGAUCAAUAAGAAGUAAAUCGUGAUCGUGCUGAAUCUUUUAGUUUCUUGACGAGGAAACAAAGUCCAUUCUUUUUUGUUGGUUGCCUGUGAUUAAGCAAUUGGUUACUUGUUUGUUUCUUUUUUGUUUUCCAAGGAUUUCGAAAACCACACACUGUUGUGGAUUA